AUGGCGGAGACUCUGAAAGAAGAUUCGAUCACGAUUCGAGAGGUUUGGAAUGACAACCUGGUCGAGGAAUUCGCAUUGAUUCGGGAGAUUGUGGACAAAUUCAGCUACAUCGCCAUGGAUACUGAGUUUCCAGGUGUGGUGUUGAAGCCGGUCGCUACUUUCAAGUACAACAACGACCUCAACUACCGGACUCUCAAGGAGAACGUCGAUUUGCUGAAACUGAUCCAAGUCGGGCUCACAUUCUCCGACGAGAAUGGAAACCUCCCGACUUGCGGGACGGACAAAUUCUGCAUCUGGCAGUUCAAUUUCCGCGAGUUCAACAUCGGGGAAGACAUCUACGCGAGCGAGUCCAUCGAGCUUCUCCGUCAGUGCGGGAUCGAUUUCAAGAAGAACGUCGAGAAAGGUAUCGACGUGGUUCGCUUCGGCGAGCUGAUGAUGUCUUCUGGGAUUGUUUUGAACGAGUCGAUCUCUUGGGUUACGUUCCAUGGAGGUUACGAUUUCGGGUAUUUGGUGAAACUGUUGACCUGCAAGGAGUUGCCGAUGAAGCAGGCUGAUUUCUUCAAGCUGUUGUAUGUGUACUUCCCGACGGUUUACGAUAUCAAGCACUUGAUGACGUUCUGCAAUGGAUUGUUUGGGGGAUUGAACAGGCUCGCUGAGCUUAUGGGAGUGGAGAGAGUUGGGAUUUGUCAUCAGGCGGGGUCAGAUAGCUUGCUCACGUUGGGCUCGUUUAGGAAGCUUAAGGAACGUUACUUCCCUGGGUCGACUGAGAAGUACACUGGAGUCUUGUAUGGUUUAGGUGUGGAAGAUGGUAUUGGUACUACUACUACUACUGUUGCUAAUUAA